CCUAUAAGGGUCACCCCAGCCUCCCUAGCGUCGGAGUCCGGCGUGCGCAGCGACCGGCAGUGCAGAGAAUGGCUUUGAACACCAACCUCCGGGUGCGGCUGCCCGUCAUCUGCCUGGUCCUGCAGGUGGUGAUGGUGGUUCUCUUCGGCGUGUUCGUGCGCUACGACGUCCAGGCGGAUGCCCGCUGGUGGUUGGAGAAGAAGCUCAAGAACAUCUCAAGCGACAUUGAGAACGACUUUUACUAUCGCUACUCAAGUUUCCAGGAUGUGCACGCCAUGGUCUUCGUGGGCUUCGGCUUCCUUAUGACCUUCCUGCAGCGCUAUGGCUUCAGCGCUGUAGGCUUCAACUUCCUGCUGGCAGCCUUCGGCAUUCAGUGGGCGCUGCUCAUGCAGGGCUGGUUCCGCUUCUUUGAAGAAGGCCACAUUAUCCUGAGCGUGGAGAACUGCAGCUCCUCGCUGGUCCUGUCUCCCGAUAGCAUCAUCGAAGCUGACUUCUGUGUGGCAUCUACCUGUGUGGCCUUUGGGGCAGUGCUAGGCAAGAUCAGCCCAGUCCAACUGCUUAUCAUGACCUUCUUCCAAGUGACCCUGUUCGCAGUGAAUGAGUACAUCAUCCUCUACCUGAUAGAGGCAAAGGAUGCAGGGGGCUCUAUGACCAUCCACACAUUUGGCGCCUACUUUGGGCUCACAGUGACCUGGAUCCUCUACCGAAAGAAUCUGGAGCAGAGCAAGCAGAGACAGAGUUCAGUGUACCACUCGGACCUUUUUGCCAUGAUUGGCACCCUCUUCCUGUGGAUAUACUGGCCCAGCUUCAAUUCAGCCAGUUGCUCCCAUGGAGACACCCAACACCGAGCAGCCCUCAAUACCUACCUCUCCUUGGCGGCUAGUGUGCUAACCACAGUGGCAGUGUCCAGUAUCAUACACAAGAAGGGCAGGCUGGACAUGGUGCACAUCCAGAAUGCCACACUUGCAGGUGGGGUGGGCGUGGGCACAGCCGCGGAGAUGAUGCUCACACCUUACGGCGCCCUCAUCGUGGGCUUCUUCUGUGGCAUCUUCUCCACCCUAGGAUUCGCGUACCUAUCGCCAUUCCUGGAGUCCCGCCUGCGCAUCCAGGACACAUGUGGCAUUCACAACCUGCACGGCAUCCCUGGCAUCAUAGGUGGCAUCGUGGGUGCCGUGGCAGCAGCCUACUCCUCUCCUGAUAUCUACGGAGAGCCAGGGCUGCUCCAUUCAUUUGGCUUUGGGGGCUAUAAGGCAGACUGGACCAAGAAAAUGCAGGGCAGAUCCCAGAUAUUUAGCCUCCUCCUGACCUUGGCCAUAGCCCUGGUGGGCGGCAUCAUUGUGGGGCUCAUUUUGAAAUUGCCAUUCUGGGGACAAGCGGCUGAUGAAAACUGCUUUGAGGACAGCAUCUACUGGGAGAUUUCUGAAGAGGUGAACACUGUCUACAUUCCUGAGGACCUCACCCACAAACAUCCUGCUCCUCCAGUACCUUCGAUACCCUUGGUACUUCCAACGCCUUCAGCAUCCUUGGUUGCUCAAGUACCUCCAACACCUCCAGUAUCCUUAGCAACUUCGGCAUCCUUGGUACACUAAGCUCCCAAGGCAGGUGAGAAGCGGGCUUCGAAGACUGUCCCCAAGCUCUGGAAGGAGGUGGAGCGACCUAGCUAGGGAUUCAGGAGCAGGGCAGCUGAAAGGCCUGCUGACCUGGACCCAGCACCUCCCAGACCCCCUUCAUCCCGGGGGCUUGCCUGAGAAUGGAGGAAUUCCGACAAAGUGAGCUCCAAGCCAGGGUCAGCUGCAGAAGAUCUGCCCCUGCCUGGGGUCAGCAUGCUCAAUAGCCUGUGGAAAGCAGCAUGGACAAUGGCUGGGAUAGGAGUGAGCUUGACCCUCCCAGGGGGUACCACUUCACGGGACUCUUCCAGCCCUGCCUGUUCCCCAACCACAGUUCCUGUGCUCCUGGGGACCCCAGACCACUCUAUCCUGUGUAGUAAAUAAAUGUUGUUGAUGUUCUUU